CAACAAUCUCGCGCGCAACCAUCUUCCAUCGUCGAUACAAGUCAUCUGCCCGCUUCAGGCAUCGUGAUUCAAUCGCUCUGAUCCUCAUCUCGAAUGCACGUCGACAUGAAGACCAACGAGAACAACUCGAAGGGCCGCAAGGCCAACCACACGGUUCAUCACGAUGACUACAGCAUUGUGGUCCGGACAAUGAGGUUCAUCAUCGCCAAUAUUCUGGUUGCGUCCUUGUUUAUGGUUUCCUGCAUGAGCGUCCAUAUGAUGA